AUGGAGAUUCCAUGUAUAGAGCUUGCAAGAGAGCUUCUGGGGAAGAUACUGUGCAGGAGAAUGGAGGGGAAGACUAUGAAAGGGAUGAUAGUUGAGACCGAGGCAUAUGUAGGGCGGGAGGACAAGGCAUGCCAUGGGUAUGGAGGAAGAAGAACGGAACGGAACUCAGCAAUGUACAUGAGAGCAGGGACAUGCUAUGUAUAUAAGAUAUAUGGAAUGUAUGAAUGCUUCAACAUCUCGUCUGUGGAGGAUGGUGCUGGAGUGCUUAUACGGGCAGUGGAACCUCUGUGUGGGAUUUCCUUGAUGAGGAGACAUAGAGGAGGCAGGGUCAAGGACCGGGACAUUGCAAAUGGGCCAUCGAAGCUGUGCAUUGCAAUGGGAAUAACACGGAAGGAGAUCGACAAGGAAUGGAUUAUGUCCAGUUCUAAGAUAUGGAUUGAGGAAGGAAUGGAAGUUGCGGACACCUCUGUUAUUGUGGGAAAAAGGAUUGGGAUAAGGAACUGUGGAGAGUGGGAAGAGAAGGAGCUUCGGUUCUACAUAAAAGACAACGAGUUUGUUAGCUGUAUUAGAAGGAAGCGAGGCAAGCAAUAG